GUGCCAACUAGACGAUGACGGCGCUUAUAAAUCACCAGCCUUGCGGAGUCCAACGCUUGCUUGCGCGCUUAGUUUGAUAACCCGCGCGACGAGCGAAGGAAGGCAUCUGUCCGGCAGCAUCGCCUACUUGUCUUGUCGAGCCAAGCCGAGCCGGCAAGACGAAAUAAAGUGCUCUGAAUUAUUGUUUGCUUUGUUUUCCGUGCGGUGGCGCUGUGGCGUACGAACAAAAAAACAUCUGUUUUCUGUGCCAGUCAGUCAGCAGUUAGUGAGUCAAGUGCAUUCCGUUCCGCGGUGGCUAAGGUCAAGGUUUCGCCACGGUGUGCUCCACUCUCGUUGAACGAAAGGCUCCACCCGACACGGGGGUUCGAUUGUGCGAAAGUCUGUUGUGCACGAGUGCGAAAAGCGAAAGGGGGUUGUGAUUCGAUUCAUGGUUGGGUUUAUUUCCGGUAAAACUGGCUGCGAUCGAUGGUUGCAUAACUUCUGGAUGGGGGUUUGGCGUCCGAAGCGAAGCACGAAGCAGAUAAGGAUAUGUGGGGCGUCGCUGUAAAUACGAAAGUGUACACACAGUCUGAACGGUGAAUAUCGAUCGGCGGUUUUGAAAAAAAAAAACCGGAAAGGUACACUAGCUCUAUCGAUUUGUGGUUCGUAUGAAUAAUUCCAGAACAUAUCAAAACUGUUCAACCUGUUAAAAUUUAAUUGUGAAUUGAAUAGACUGAAGUAACAGUUAAACAAACAACUUACAGUGACAAUGUAAAGCGAGACUCCAACCAAGGCCACAAUUCAUAUCAAUCAAGUAAAUCCUCUCAAUUGCUCGCAAAGAACCAUCCUCGUGCCAAGAACAGCAACAACGACAAUAAAAGCGAUAAACAGGUUCCUAGUGUAAAGUAAUAGCAAACUGAGAUAAGAACAAAUCAAAUCACGACGAUGCCAGCGACGUCGUCCUUCGCUUCUCCGUCAUUGAAAACCAAUCAAAACAACGUCUCCGGAUCAUUGUCCCGUUGUUCGCGCCACCGUGCCAUGGAUUCCCGACCAGCCCGUCCGGGGCUUUCCCAGUCGUCGUCCUGCUCCAGCUUCGAGGACGAUACAUUGUUGUAUGUGAAGAAUCGGCUUCCGGCUCCGCCGCACGAAAUUUUCGUGAACCGCUCACUCCACCUGGAGAAUAUCAAGUUCUAUGGCUUCGACAUGGACUACACCAUCGCUGAGUACAAAUCCCCACAGUACGAACAGUUGGGCUUCAACCUGGUCAAGGAACGCCUCGUGACGCUGGGCUAUCCCGUGGAAAUCCUCCAGUUUGAGUACGAUCCUUCGUUCCCGGUACGUGGCCUGUGGUUCGACAGCCUCUACGGCAACCUGCUGAAGGUAGACGCGUACGGCAACAUCCUGGUUUGUGUCCACGGAUUUGAGUUCUUGAAACAUUCCCAAGUGUACGAGCUGUACCCGAACAAAUUCCUCCAGCUGGACGAGAGCCGAGUGUACGUACUAAAUACGCUGUUCAACCUGCCGGAGACGUAUCUGCUGGCCUGCUUGGUGGACUUCUUCACCAAUUCGCCGCAGUACGCGGAGCAGGUGGACAAAACCGGCGUCAAGUACGGCGAACUGUUCAUGUCUUUCCGAUCAAUUUUCCAGGACGUGCGUGGAGCCGUCGAUUGGGUGCACAUCUACGGGGACCUGAAAAAGAAGACUUUGGAGAAUCUCGACGAAUACGUCAAGAAGGACGAACGGCUGCCGAUGGUCCUGUCUCGGAUUCGCGAAUCCGGAGCCAAGCUGUUCCUGUUGACGAACAGUGACUACAAAUUCACCGACCGCAUUAUGACCUUCCUGUUCGACUUCCCGCACGGAGCCAAGCCGGAGGAACCCCACCGGGACUGGAAGACCUACUUCGACACCAUCGUGGUGGACGCUCGGAAGCCAUUGUUCUUCGGCGAGGGAACCAUUCUGCGACAGGUGGACACAACGACGGGUGCUUUGAGGGUGGGAACUCACAUGGGACCGCUGCAGGUGAAUCAGGUCUACUCCGGGGGCUCGUGCGACGUGUUCACCAAACUGAUCGGAGCCAAAGGUAAGGACGUCCUGUACGUGGGAGAUCACAUCUUCGGUGAUAUUCUGAAGAGCAAAAAAAUCCGCGGAUGGCGCACGUUCCUGAUCAUUCCGGAGCUGGUGCAGGAGCUGCACGUGUGGACUGACAAGUGCCAAUUAUUUGCCGAGUUGCAGCGAUUGGACGUCAAGCUGGGAGAUCUGUACAAAAAUCUGGACUCUAGCGCCAAAGAAAAGCCUGACAUUUCGUCGGUCCGGACGGCAAUCCGCGACGUGACGCACAAGAUGGACCUGGCCUAUGGUAUGAUGGGUUCGCUGUUCCGAUCAGGAUCGCGACAGACCUUCUUCUCUAGUCAGGUCGUCAGAUACGCCGAUCUGUACGCGGCCACCAUCCUGAACCUGAUGUACUACCCGUUCUCGUACAUGUUCCGAGCGCCGGCUAUGCUGCUGCCGCACGAGUCAACGGUGGCUCAUGAGCAGCGAUUCACGCUGGACGCGCCGAUGAUUCAGAGGACCCGAUCGAGGAACCCGGGAACACCAAACGAUCAGCAAGCCACCGGGGUCGAAGAGGUCUCCAAAGAAGUCAGUGCCAUCACCGAAAAGGAUCUGAACAUGCUGGUUGUGAGCGGAAACGUUUCGGUUCCGCACACCCGGCCGGAAACGCCCCGCUCCGUGACUCACACGCACGAUGAGGACUACUCGGACGAGGACAGUGACGACCAGAAGAAAAAUGGCGCCAGACGAGGCUCGUCGGCCGGUUCCGAUAAGGGCAGCGACCCAAAGUAGAUCGCUCUGUCGGUCUGCUGUGUAUGUAACUUUUUCGUGUUGUAGGUUCCCCCGACGCCACUAAAUUCUUUCUAUUUACGUGUUUUAAGAGUCACCAAACUAAAAGUAGGCUGCACAAAUUUGCAGAUCCAACCGCAUGUUUCCUGUUCCAUAAGCAAUAUUCGAAUCCAACGUUGACCGUUAGCUGUUUGAAACAAAUACAAAUGCUUUUAAUUUAAAAUUGUGUAACCUCAAAACAGUUCCCAAACUCCAAUGACGACGUUCAGAGUGAGGAUUUGUACCUUUAACAAUUAACACCCCAUAGCCGUAAGUGUUUCUGUGUUUCUCAUUCUGAACACUCGUUCCAUAUAUGCUUCCAAAUAAUUAUCUAUAACCGCGGUUUAGUUGUGUGAAUCACACUCUAAAAGUAACGUAAGCAAAACGUACAAAAAAUGUGAGAGCCGUGAACAAAGGCGCGUCCUUGCUUAUUACCCGAUGUGCGCGUGUUAUCGCUUAGUGGAUUUACUAAACAAUGGCCGUAACGUGAGAUUUUACUUGUAAUCAGUAAGAUAUGUUGUUGUUGUUUAAUUUCGGUUUUAGGUUUGUGCAGUAGUUUAUUAUGGACAAACAUGCAUUACAUUACAGGUGUGUAAAGAAGCAGGUAGGCUUAAAAUUGUGAUGCUUCUUUGUUGUGACAUAAGGACAUAAGGAAAAAAUAUUUGAAGAAAAAUUCACACAUAGAGGAUUACUGAAACAAAGGUUAAUUGAUACACUGAAAGAGAUAUGCCUUUAAUGAUAGAAAGAGAGGAAAAACGAGAAUUUCUAUAGAAACUAGAAUAUUAAAAGUUGCAAAUAGUGAAUCAUUAUAAAAGUUUUCGUACAAUUCGUAUUGGCAGCAAAACAAUUGACAAAAAAUAAAUAAAACGCUAAUAGAGCAUUCAA